AUUGACAAAUACUUGUAAAAAUAUUAGAAAAAAAUCAAGGGGAGGGCUUAAACGAAAGGAGUGGAAGUAAAGUAUUAGUUAAAAGAGUAGAUAUGCAAAGGAUAUUUUGUCAGAAAACUACUCUUCUCUCAGUGCAUGUGCAGCAUCACUAACCCCCCAGCCAGCAGCCAUAAGCGCGCGCACAAACACACACACACACACACACACACACAAACAACCUUCCCUUCCAAUAUCCCAACCAAUAUCUUCCUUCCCAAGUCGGCAAAUGUGAACUCUCUCUCUCUCUUUCUCUUUCUCUCUCUCUUUCUCCCCUUCCCAAAUUCCAAACUCCCCCAAAGAACCCAAAAUAAAAACCCAUUUUCAUAUUUGUUCCCAGAAAUGCAAGAUACCCAUGCUAUCGGAGUAGGCGGUGCAGGCAGAUUGUUUGCCGGCGGCAGCGGCGGCGGCGGUGACAGGAGGUUAAGACCCGGUCAACAACACACCGGCCACAACCACCAGCAAGCCCUCAAGUGUCCCCGUUGUGAUUCUUUGAACACCAAGUUUUGUUACUACAAUAACUACAAUCUCUCUCAGCCACGUCACUUCUGUAAGAGUUGCCGGAGGUACUGGACUAAAGGCGGCGUCCUCCGCAACGUCCCCGUCGGAGGCGGUUGCCGGAAAACCAAGCGCACCAAGUCCAAACAGUCAGCGUCGUCGGCUUCGGCUUCGGCGGCGGCAACUUCUUCCGAGGUUCCUCCGGAGCGGAGCUCCAAUAAUAAUUCCCAUUCCAGCAGCGAGAGUUCAAGUCUCACCGCCACCACUACGGCGGCGAAGAAAACUCCCCCCUCCGCCGCCGCCGGUUCCUCAUCCGAGGUUGCUUCCUCCGCCGGGAAUUUACUUAAUUUUGGCGACUCGAGGUUUUUCCUCUCCCAGAUGGACGGCAACGGAAACAGCUUCGAUCAAUCCCAGACGUUGAUUGAUCCCAUCGGCUCAUCGGAGAGGCAGAUUUUCACGGAUAUGGGGAGCUUCACGAGCCUGAUGACGUCAUCGAAUGAUCCGGGUAUGUUGAGUUUCAAUCCGAAUAAUAACAGCAUGGGCGACAUUUCCGGGUUCGGAUUGCAACAGCAAGAGCAGGGCAGCUCUGACCCGAACCAGUUAGUAGGAGGCGGCGGUGGUGAAUUGAAGAUGGAGCAGCAAAUUGAUUGCGGUGGAUACUUAGAUCAGGCGGGUCAUAUUGGGUUCCCCGGGUUGCAGCAGAGCAGACCCGGCAAUAUCGGGUUAUCGGGUUUGGAUUGGCAAAUUAACGACGGUGGAGGUGUCGGCGGUGAUGAUGGCGGAGGAGGAGGAGGUGAGCAAGGACUUUUUGACUUCUCCGGGACCGUUGAUCAAAAUUACUGGGGUCAGAAUCAAUGGUCUGAUCAUGAUCAAUCUCUUAACUUCCCUCCCUUAGUUUAAUCAUUUUGACUCGGAUUAUAUAUAUAUACUACUAUAUACGUAUAGGUAGCUUCAUAGAAGGAAAACCAAAAAAUCUGAAAAAGUAACGAAAAUCAACCAGAAAAAAAUGCCUUGAAUUGACUCUCAUCUUCUUCUGUAAAUCUUUUUUUUUUUUCUUACUACAUAUAUCCUCUUUUAGAUUGGCUUUGUGGUGUUUUUUGACUUUUUUUCUUCUUAAGAUUGCUGUUGGGGUUGAUUCCAAAAUUUCCGAGUCUUGUAAUUCACAUAUGACUAACGGGUGAUAGGUUUUUGCUCUAAUUUCUCGUUAGUGUUAUUUUUUUCCAUAGAGUUUGAUGAACCCCUGCUACCCUGAAAUGGGGAUUAUAUCUUAAAUAUGAAGAAUAUUUAUUGCCUAUUGUUGUUCUUUUUGUUCAUUUGAUUUUUUUUUUCUUCAUUUUAUUAUGUUUUACUUUUGUGUAUUGAUGUUCAUGUGAGCUGCUUUGGUGAAUUGGUUUGUUGGGUUCUUAUCACUGGCCGCCGGCAGGGCACACACGGCACUGAAUCUGUCAUCUGUGGGCCGAACAGUUCAGUUAAUGCCACUUAGAUCACAACUUGCCCUCAUGUUUAGGUUGCUUCUCUUGCCGGACUGACAUUAACAACUGAUCUUUGAUAUCCUGCAAAGGAGAUGUUGCAUUCCGCCCGCCAUAUUUGGUUUUUGCCUGAUCAUGAUUGAAGUUUUCACUACAUUUUCAGAGCCUCUUCAGUUCAGUUAUCCAAUGGUGACUGGUGAGCCUCUUUUAUUUGAGUUAUCGUGCAUUAAUUGUAGGUUUUAGAUUGUGAUAAUUGAAUGUAUGUAACAUUCAGUCGACGUUACUAGAGAAUUUUUCAGUUCGUCCAAUUACAAACUAUACUAAAUUCAUGCUUCAGUGUGACAAAAACGACGAGGUAUCAUGCGUGUGUCGAGCAAUGGUUCAACCAAAAGUAGAAACUUAGUUGGAAAUUUGGAAUAUGCUGUUUUUACCUAGAUUAUCAGCAUAGUUUUAAUAGCAAACACACAAUGAUAUUUGUAACCAAAAGUACUAGUAGUACCACUUCAUUAAUUUCCAACAGUACUAAACAAACUAGGUUGUAGAUAUUAUGAAAAUUCAUCAUCAUCUCCAUCCAUCUUCCAUCCUCCUUCAUAAUCAAAGGUAAUUAGGAGGGGGUGGCCACACAGUCACAUGUGCAUUAUCUGCAUUAUGCUAAAAAAAAAAAAAGAAAGAAAAAAGAGUACUUUGGGUUUGUAGGGAUGGGCUGAAUUACGGAUAGAUUGAUUUGGAAGUGGAAGUUCCCUGGUGGGUUGGUCAUAAGGCCAAAUCAAAUGGGGCAAGUGGGCAGAGAGUAGUAGGUGGUAACCAGUAUAUAGUACAGAGGACUACAAAGAAAUAGGGGGGCUACUGUGUGACUGUGUGUAAGUGUUACUGAGAGUGUACGGAGUUUUGAAAUUGAAAGGUAUGGGGAAGCGAAGAAAAUCUGAAGUCUGAUGAAUUGGGGGAUGGGUUUGGGGAAAGACAUGUGGUCGGUUGGUAAAUGGCGGGACCUUUUUUGGCGGGGACUCUAGACAAUUACCAUGCGCGAUUAUGAUGACUCCACGUGUCCCACUCUUCUUCCGGACAAGAUUGCAUGUGCCGCCCGGAUUUUUAUUCUGUGAUCAUAAUGUCUUGCCGGAACUAACUCUCCGGUGCCGGAGAUACUCCACCAUGAUUGUCGACCAUCAAUGGUGGUCAAAACUCAUAAGUGUUGAUAAAGGGUGUGGAGAAGAAUGGACACUUUCGUUUGUUAGUCCACUGACUGAGACCUAUUUUAAUAUAACUUUUUGAUCAGCUACGGCAAAGUGACUAAUGAUGAGUUAUAUAACUUGUGUAAUAAAAUGUCCAGGCCCAAAGCUAGCCUACUAGUGAUGGCACUUUGAAAAUUAUAAAUCAUGAGACAUCUAUACUGAAAGUUGAGACUCCAAAUUGCUUAUUGGAAAGGGUAUUGGAACAUUUUUAUUUCCUUGUUUUCCCUGAAGAAAAUAUGAAUGUUUGUCAAAUUUCGUGUUAAGUUAGGGACUGCCUAGAUAAAAAAAAAUGGCCACUGCUAAUAAAACUUGAAAGCCUGAAAUCAUCUAUAGCCUCUUGUUGGUCUUUUUUUUUUUUUUU